GACGCUUGUAAGCAUUUUCUCGUUCCAAAGAAUUGAAUAUUUGAAUUGAAUUGAUUCCCCAAUUUCAAUCUUUCCCUCAUUAGUUUUAGGGUUUCGCUUGCUUCCCUUUCUCACCCAUAAUUGAGUCUAAAUUUGAUUCAAGAUCCUCUCUUUCAACUCUGCGUUCUCGGCACGACAAUAGUCAUUUUAGGAUCUUUCUGGUCCGGGGUGUCUGCUUGGUAGGACUUCAUUUCUGGAGAGUUUGGUUUAAUGUCUGAAUCAGAAGCUCAGCUUCCUACUGCCUUUGUUGCUGAUGUUCUAUUGUGGAAGAGGUGGCAUGUUUCCUUGGGUAUCAUUGUUGUUGCAACAGUUGCCUGGGUCCUAUUUGAGUGGACCAGUUUACCAUUUUUAACAAUUUGUUCAGAUGUUUUGCUGAUUUUGAUCGUACUGUUGUUUCUGCAUGCUAACUAUGCUGCCCUUAGAAAUAAACAACCACCAACAUUACCUGAACUAGUUGUGUCAGAGGAGAUGGUUAAUAAUGUAGCAGCUUCAUUUCGGGUCAAAAUCAACAAUAUGCUUCUUAUAGCUCAUGACAUCACUAUUGGCAAGGAUUUUAGAAUUUUUUUCAAGGUGGUGAUUUGUCUAUGGCUCUUGUCUGUCAUUGGCAGCGCCUUCUCCUUCUUCACACUCGCAUAUAUUGGAACCCUUCUUAUGAUUACUAUCCCUGCAUUGUACAGCAAAUAUGGGGGUUAUGUAGAUAAAUGUUGUGGAGUUAUACAUCGCCAAUUUUCAAGACAUUAUAGGAUAGUUGAUGAGAGUGUUUUCAACAGACUGCCACGUAAUAUAUCAAAGGACAAAGAGUCUUGAUUUUCAAGGUCUUCCAACCCAGUUCAUGUUCCUUUUGGUGAAAUUAACUAUUUCAUGUUCUGAACUUCGGAGAAAGGUUGCAAGCUUGUGUGCAUAGUUUGAGGAUUUUGAUGCCUGAUUUUGGUGAUCAUUUGUUAAAAUCUUCGGGAAAAAAUUAUAUUAGUUGCACCGAUCGAUGACAGAUGCAGUUAGCAAUAUUUGAAUAUAUUGUCACUAUUUUUUUUAAUGUAAUGAUUCUUACUUACAAGUGCCAGAUACAUUUUUUUUACUGAGUUUAUAAAAUUACUUCAUAACGCGGAGUUC